UGAGAGGGUGUGAUCGAAAAGAGAAGCCAAGCGACUCUAGCGACCGAAGCAGCGUCGGAGUUAUCGCGGCGUUGUCCUCUGUGCGUCUUCCUUCGGCGGCUUCGUCGGGUGUCUUCCCCCGCCGACGUGCUCGGAGAUCCGGCGAGCGCUGGCUACUUUGCUGCGUUCGUCGCUCAUUCCACACUGCUGAGAUGAGCGAUUCGCAGCCGUUAGCCGCCUGCAUUGAAGAAUGGGACCAGCUCGAGAAGGAAUACUGCGACUUAGAGAAGUUGUACCGUCGGUACACUGUGCUGACCGGAGAGCUGCAGCGGUCCCAGGAAGAGUGCCUCAAGGCUCUGAAGCACCACCGCUACCGGUCAUCGCAGAUCCUCGAGUCACUGAACAAGAUUCAGCCAGCCAGCGAUGAGGAGAAGGAGCAGAAGACGCAGCUGCUGCAAAAGCUGGAAGCCAAGCGGUUGCACUUAGACGACAUGGGACAGGACCUACCACAUCCCAAUGGCAUUUACCUGCAGAUUGUGCUUGGAAGCGUCAACCUUUUUCUCAGGGAUGCAGACAAGUAUCGGUACAAGGACGAGUAUGAGAGGUUCAAGCUGAAAGUCACCAUGUGCAUUCUGGUCAUGUCCAUUUUGUGCAUAACAAUGAACUACAGGGCCAACGACGCUAUCCUGCACUUUCUUCUGGUCUGGUAUUACUGCACACUCACAAUACGGGAAAGCAUUCUGGCAGUGAAUGGCUCAAAAAUAAAAGGAUGGUGGAGGCUACAUCACUUCAUAACAACUGCGCAAGCUGGGAUCAUUAUUGUCUGGCCAGAUGGCAUCAUAUAUGGAAUGUUCCGGAGGCAGUUCACAUGGUACGUCUGUUUCAUAAGCAUAAUCCAAUUCUGGCAGUUCUACUACCAGCAAGGAUGCCUGUACAGACUUCGAGCGCUGGGUGAAAGCCAUAAUAUGGACAUCACAAUCAAUGGAUUUCGGUCUUGGAUGUGGCGUGGACUCUCCUUCCUGCUUCCAUUCCUGUACUUUGCCUAUAUGUUCCAGCUCUACAAUGCAUAUACAUUGUAUCAUCUCAGCCUUCGUCCUGAGUGUACAGAAUGGCAGGUGUUUGUGUCGGCACUAAUCUUCUUCAUCCUCUUCAUGGGCAACAUCUCAACCACCUCGCUUGUCAUCUUCCACAAGAUCAGUGGCCGUGCAAUCAUCCGCAGGAUACAGAAGAAAAAGAGCCACAACCACGUGGAGUAGGACCAAGUUCACCCAAGCCAUGUUGUUUGCCACAAAUGUCACUCGUCUGUGUUGACCUCUUAGGACAGUGGCUGUUGGCACAUACUGACAUUGUGUCUGUGCACAUGGGCAGCAAGAGAAAUGUAACCGGCCUAGUCAGACUGCCCUGGACGAAGGCAGCCCUAGGACUUGUACUUUACUGUGUACUUGCAUUUGUUCUCGUCUCUGGAAGGACAGUGCAUAACAUGUCACGUAGUGCUCUUACAAAUUAUUUUAGUUUUUUUUUUCUUUCCUUGUAACUCUUGGUCUGUGGCAUGAUCUCCGUUUGGACAUAUGUCUUAUGAGUGCGUGUUGUGUGCCUGGGAAGCCAUUUUGGGAUCACUUGUCCAUUUGUUGUUGUUCACCUCACUUUUAACUCUCUCUUUCGGAAGUGGUUGCUAUUGGUUGAAUGCAGAAUCCCGUGUACUUGUGGUGCCCCUGACCAUUACAAGCAAAGUUAUUUCCUCUUUGACAUUUGUGAAUGUUUCUCAUUAGCUGUGUUGAAUCACACAAAUUGAGGGAAAAUGCGCUGUGCUCAAUCCUGGUGUGUUGUACAAAAAGGCAAUAUACUUUUGCGUCAGUGUGCUUUUUGUUGUUUUGUGUGUUGUCUGCGGCUGUUACUAUGGCUCCAGGCUUGCCAAGCUAUACCUUGCCAAACCAAGUGGCCCUAAACGUGCAUGCUAUUUGUAAGUGAGGCUUUCAUUGCGCAUUUUAAUGGUAGAGGCUAGCUGUCUGUUACUGCACUCGGAUUUACUUAGUCAAUGUUACCCAGUGAAGGCACAAAAGUAAUGUCUUCUCAGUCACUAUAGCCACAAAGUGCUGAUCACCCUACCUGCCAGGUUAGACCGCAAGUAACUCUUCUGAAUAAGCUUCCCGGUGCACCAUGGGGUUGAUUAAAGUUGUCAAAAACAAGGCCUUAUUCAAGAGGUUUCAAGGCAAGUUCAAGUGGAGGCAAGAUAAGUGCUGCUACUACACCUGCUGCGCACUCAUUGUUCAAGAUAAAAACAAGCACAACUUGCCCAAGCACUCGAUGAUCAUUCAGGUUACAAGCCUUGUCAUCUGACAGAUUGCAUGCCCUCUGAUCAAAGGUGGCAUGACUGUGUGCAUUGCUACAAUGUUGUUAGGCCUAACCAACUAUGCUGCUGCGCACUGCGUGGGUCAGCUGCAGGCAAGAGUCAUGUUGCAGAAGUUCAAGCUUGAUAGUAUGUACAACAGCUGUGCUGGCAAAGGCUCCCACAUAGAGGGCCUUUUCAAACAAUGACCGAGUGUUUAAUUGGCCCACUGAGAGAGGCCAUGAAAAGUGACAUGGACAGCUCUCCAGGUCCCUCUUUCUUGAAUGGCUGCCUGGCUGUGGUUCGGCAACUGAGAAAUUCAGUGCCAUGGUUCACCACCGACAGGUCUACAGUUGGCACAUGAUUAAUCACAUAAAGGUGCUGCCAGAAGAUAAGACUUACAUGCACUAGUUCCUGCGAUACGCUAUUGAGUGCAGUGACGGAGCAGUGCUCUUCAGAGCUUGUUGAGGUGAUGCCGUGAUGCCUUAAGUUUGUAACACGGAUAUGGGAAAGCUAUAUUUUUGGAUGAGAUGUUUGGUUCAGCGAUGUCAUCUGAAAGAUGGCUAUAUUGUCCAUUUUUCUCAUACUUAAAAAAAGUGUCAAUCGAUUUACCGUGGCAAAAGUCCCUAUGUUGCCUGCCUUUAUACUACACGAAUUUCUCACAUUUUUUUCUCACACUUUCUCUUGCAACUUUCAUGUAAGGUCGUCGUUUUUUGUCUAUGCAAGUUCAACUUGUUGAACCUAUAGGCUAAAUAUGUGAGCAAUCUUCCUGCACUGUUUUUCUUCAUGUUCCUGUUGGUGCCUUCGCAUUAUUUCUUCCAUCAUUGGUUUACAUUGUUCGCACGAGCAUUAACUUGUCUAUUGUUCAGACAUUGUUCAGAUAUUGUUCAGAAUAUCGAUCUAGACUUGAUUAAAGAGUGUCCAACUUAGACGCACAAAUGCUUGUCUUAAUGCUUACAUUUGUGAGUUUGUCCUUGGUAUGUGUUCUGUGAAGCAAGUCCUGCACAAGAAUAUGUGCUGAGUAUGCACACCCUUAUCACUUUAACCACACCUCUUUCUCAUGUUAAUCACUUUCCAUGUUGUUCACUGUUCCCUGUGCUUAGCGAAAAAUUGCAGGACUUACUAAAAAUGCUUUCCUAAGACAAGGAUAACUUAUAUGCAUCCAGUUAAGUGUUCAACGAGGGCCACUGUCGUUACUGUUAUAAGUGGGGGCAUACUUUCUAAGGUAAAGCUAAUUUAUAAGUGUACAACUCAGGAGUGUUCAACAAGGCUUGUUAUUCCUGCUGUUGCCAGUGUACUGUUCAGCUUGUAAAUGGCUAUGCGUUUGUUCAAAUGCGUGUUGUUUAGAAAGUGCAAUGUGUACACAAUGGCAAUUGCACUUAGUUGGCCAGUGCACCAGCAAUUCAGUGUCAUGCCACAUGCAACUUUUGUUUGUUCUCUGGCCAGUUUUGCUUUUGUCGUUACUAUAAUGAUAGCCCAUUCAUAGUGCUUGUGUGCUAGGUAAUCGCACUGUUUUCAAUGCAGGAGUGAAUUUUAGACACUAAAUUUAGUGCCAAAGCUUUUGUCUUUGGCCUUGAUUCUUUCAGCACCAAUGCACAGCAAUGCAUGCAUUGUUGCAUCUCAUUUGGAUUCCAGUGUAAUAUACACCUUAUGUCAAUAUUAGAAAACAGAACCUGAUUGUCACUGACUGUACCAGUGUGCAAGUUUAAUUCUGUUUGCACCCUACAAGUUUGCAUCUAUUAGUCAUGAGCCUGGGAUAGCUAUCACCAUUUUUUAUUGUGUGUGUGCUGACAGACAGGUGUGUUUUGGCCUAACUAUUCCAUUAUAUACAAAACUGUGUCUGUUGAGUGUCUUCAGUAUUUGAUUAAAUGUUGUCGAUCAAACAAGCUCAUCGGCGAA